GCAUAAUUCCAGAAGUCAGUCGCGGAAACCUGGCGAUCCGCGCGAUGAAGAAGUCGAUUUUUAUCUUUUUUCUGUUACUUUUGUUCUUCAUGAUACUUGCUUAUGUCUCAUCACAAGGCUUUUGUGACGCAGACCAAUGCCGCGUGUUGGAGUUUACCCCUGAAAAAGCAUUUGACGGUAAACGUCUCAUAAACCACGUCAUUCGCAUCGUUGAAGUUCUGACAAUGAGUUUUUGUGACAAUAUGUGUUAUGUGGAACCUGACUGUGUCAGCAUUAAUGUUCAUAAACAAGUGAGUGGUCAUGGAGGCUACAAAUGUGAACUGAAUAAUGUUACUCACGAAAGACACGAACACGACCUGGAGAAGAAAGACGAUUAUUUUUAUCAUGCAGCUGAGAGCGCUUGUGUUGAUAACCCUUGCGAUAACAAUUCUACUUGUCAAAGCGGUUUUACCAACAAAGGAUAUCGCUGUUUGUGUACCACUGGAUUCAAAGGUCCAAGGUGUAAUAAAGAUAUAAACGAGUGCGCUGACGGAACAUCCAAGUGCAGUGCUGAUGCUAUGUGCAACAAUACCGAGGGAUCGUAUCGCUGCAAAUGCAAACCAGGAUUUACCGGGAAUGGACGGACUUGCAAAGAUAUCGACGAGUGUGCUACAGGAAAAAUGAACUGCAGUGCUGAUGCUGUGUGCAACAAUGCUAAGGGAUCGUACAACUGUACAUGCAAACAGGGUUACUAUGGAGAUGGAAAUAUCUGCCGUUUGGCUUCGACGUGUAAAGAAAUUUUCGACAGGAAUGUGGCGAUAAAGAGUGGCGAAGUUACCCUGCACUUAGACUCGAAGCCAACUUCUGUUUUCUGUCACAUGGGAGACUUUGGAUGCGGAGAUGGAGGAUGGACGCCGAUCAUGAAGAUUAAUGGUAGUAAGCGUACCUUCAAUUACGAUUCCCAUUUCUGGAAGGACAAAGAGACCUAUGAAGAGGCUGCUGGCAAGAAUGGCUUCGACUUACAUGAAACGAAGUUACCAACCUACUGGAAAACACCCUUCUCCAAGAUCUGCCUUGGUAUGCAGAUUGGUCAACAACUCAGGUUCAUCUUCAUCAACAAGACAGCCGAAUCUUUGUAUUCAUUGAUCGCUGACGGGGAAUACCGCGCCACUUCGCUGGGUCGUGACACGUGGAAGAAGGUUGUCGGUUCGCAAGCCUCCUUGCAGCAAAACUGCAACAAGGAAGGGUUCAAUGUUGAAGGUGGUAACUCAAAAGCAAGAAUCGGCGUCAUUGCUAACCAGGAAAAUAACUGCUUGACUUGCGAUUCUAGAAUCGGGUUUGGUACAGGAGGAAAUAAUUCGUGCGGAAAUGUAGCGACACACAAGCCUGAUAACGGAGACAAGCACAUCACAGGCAUGGGGUACAUCUUGGUGCACUGA